AUGCCGAUCAAGCGCGCUUUCGUGGCGCUACAGGACCGUUUCGUGAGCUCGUUAGCAGUAUGUUGCUGUCCCAGUAUGGACCUCGUUGCACUGAUUACUCCUGACCAUGACGUUCUCGUCCAUCGCACAACAUCGUGGCAAAAGCUACUGCACUGUAAAGCAUCCGAUGUUGGCUCUGAAAUGGUGACGCUGGCUUGGAGACCGGACGGACUGCAGCUUGCAGUUGGAUGUGACGCAGGCAAAGUGGUACUGAUUGACGUGGAGUCUGGUGACAUUUUGUCCAGAGGCUGCAGUAGCUUCCGCCAUGAUAAUUGCAUCACUGCAAUGCACUGGACUCAGAUCACGGAGACGAUGGACCAACAUGGACGUUAUGGUGAACGAAAGCAACGGUGUUGGAAGCGUUCUGGUGGUGCUGGGGAUGCUGGUGCAAGUAGUUCUUGUGACGUGGUGUCCCAAUCCAAACUCCGCUUUCAACGUCGAGCAACGAAGUUUUUUUCAGGACCCUGUGAUCCUACUUGCCCGGACACGCUCCUUGUUACUGCGGACAGGGGGGGAUGCAUUGCAUUGUGGUGGAUGGGGCGCGUGCUGCUCACUCGCAUCGAUGUGAGGGACCAUUUUACUGAAAAAGAGUUUCAGCUGUUGGACCGAGCGGGGCAAGGAGAGAGCGAGAAGGCGGGUUUCUAUGUUGAACGGGUGAGUGCUGCGCCCGACUUGACGCUCGUGCUCGUCUUGCUUGCUUUCUGCAAUCGCACAAGUGGUCAAGUGGACGGUGUGGCGAAUGAUUCCAAGUCUUAUCGAAUGCUGAGUCUGGAUACGACGACCAUUCGGUAUAUUCGCGAGGAUGUGGCACUUGUGGCGAGCACAGUAAGUCGCGUACACACGCUGCUGGAUCGGGUUGUCAGUUACGGUAACCAAAUGAAGACUGAGUGGAAAAACGCUACACGCAUUUUUGAGCUGAAGAUGGGGCUUAUUGGAUCGCUUUAUGAGAAGUACGCGUGUGAAGUGUCGCCGCAGGAAGAUAUGUUAUCAGUGCUGGUGAGUGGCAUUACGCCGCCUGUGCUGGCGCAGUACUUCGCUCAAGACAUUCAGGAAAUGAGUGUGUCUCGAAUGCAGAGAGCUCUAUGCAGUGGAUGCGACUCGCUUCGAACACUUGCUGAGGGUAAGUUGAAGCAAGAUUUGGUGGAACUCUUAUUCGUGUUAUCGGAGAUGCGUGGCCACGCCAAGUGGAAUCCUCAAAAUUAUGCGACUACUUUGGGAAUCACAAUCAGCGCUCUGGACAAUCUUGUUCAAACAAUCGAAGAUGUUCUUGUUGAAGUGGAGGCACUUGUACUGGCACUACACGAAACUCUGCAUGAUUUUGCGUUAUUUUUCCAGUGGAUCAUGGAGCGUAUCCGCAUUCAUACCAAUGUGCACCGGCGGGAGGGUGAACCACCUGCAGCAGGGAUUGGUGGUUGUAACGCCAGUGCUGCAAAUGGAUCAAAGUCUCUUCUCAACUUGCGGCAUCUGUGUGAUUUCUUACAGCGUGCCGCAGAUGCUGCCAAGCGUUACCGAAAACAGCAGCCAAGCCAAAAUAAGUAUAAAGUUGAGACCACGUUCGGCAACCUGGUGUCUUGCCACCUCUCAGCACGACAAGAUUCUUCGGAAGACAGUGCACGACAGCCUGCUGCGAGAUGCUUUGAUAUCUCCUGUCAGUGUAUUCAAGAUCAGUGGUUAGCGUUGCAGAUUGCGAUGUCUGUCACGCUUGCGCGAACAAUCAGACGUGAUGAGGGUGGGUGUUUUACUGUUGGUAACACCAACAACGCUGUAGAUGAAUGCCAUAUCCACUUCCGGAACCCGUUCAGUGAACGAACCUCGGACGAAGUUGUCGAGAGCGCAGAUGAGAGCGAUGAGGGAGAAAGUGAUGAAGAGACGAUCGAUUGGGACUUCCUCAAAUUUUACGGACGCUUGCCAAAUGACAAGGCCGAUUGUAGUACGAUCUUGGUGGGCUUUCGUCUACAAUCGGGUCUUGUGCUGCUCCUGUGUGCAUCUCAACGUGUAGACUGCCGUCCACUUCAACACGAAACGCCUUCACUCUUGGUUUGGGAUGCUGCAGUCAUUAGCUUUUCACAAGAGUCUUCUACGAAUGCUGUUGUAUGCCGAGGAUUUGAUUUUUACGGUGAUGGACCGUCAGACAAGCAAGAACAGCUUGCAUUUGUGCUGGAUCACGCAGUUGGCGGCGAUCAAGGGCACCAAGCGUGCUUGUAUCUGCAGCAGUACGACGACGUUGAGUUCUUGCGCAUAAGCGCCACCCAUUCAUUUGAGGCGAUCUUGUCUCAGAGCAUCACUCACAACUUCACACUUGACCACACCCGAGGACGUUCCAUCGCUUCGUUUUCAACUCCCGUGCAAUCCGGUCAAAGCGCGAUUUCAGUCACAGCGACCGGUUCUCGUGGAGUUCUGUGCGUCAUUCUGCCACCUGCUCGCUUGGUCAUCUUGGACGCAGAAGACAGCGAAGACGAUGAAGACGACGAUGAGGACAACGAAGACGUUGUCACCGAUUGA